UUUUUUUUGAAAGGGCUUAGGGUAAAUCCGGGAUAGAUGCCGCAGCUGGAUAGUUGCCCCAUUUUCUAAAAACCUAACUUCGCAAAAUCGCAACACAGCGUUAAUAGUCUAAACCGAGAGCGCGUGCGCCCCAUGCUCAGUGCCCCGCAGACCAUCGCACGGGAUUGAUGUGUUUAGCUCGUGCGUGCGAUUAUCUCCGCGACGAACACGACGAAUGCUUCAAAGUUUCAAACUUGAACCAUGCCACGAAGAUAUAAAAGAAAGGAAGGAGUACGACCUCGAAUAGUUUCUUGGACUACAGAGGCAUUACAAAACGCUUUUGAUGAAAUGGACAAGAAUAUCAUGGGGAUAAACAAAAUAUCCCGACAAUUCGGAAUUCCGUCCAGAACAUUACGGAGACGUUAUGCUGCUAAAAACAAAACAAAAUUAACAUUGGGAAAACAUCCUAUCUUCGGUUUUGAAAAUGAGAAGAGGCUAGUAAAGCAUAUUUUGAAGCUUGGAGAAGCAGGAUUUCCUCCAGACAGACGAUCCAUACGAAUGCUAGCCUACCAAUUUGCCGAAAAGCUGAAGUUAAAACAUAAAUUUGACCAUGAAAGCCAAAGGGCUGGAAAUGAAUGGUGCAAAAGUUUUAUUGAACGAAAUCCAGAGCUGGCUAUCAGACAAGCUGAGGGUUUAUCUGUGGCUAGAGCUAAAGGUCUUAGUAGAGAAGAAGUGAAUAAUUUUUAUGAACUUUUGGCCAAAGUCAUGAUAGAUAAUGGCCUUUCAGAUAAACCGGAAAGAAUAUUUAAUAUGGACGAAUCAGGUAUUCAGUUGAACAAUAAACCCGGAAAAGUUAUCGCCAAGAAAGGCGCAAAGGUCGUUAAUUCAGUCACAUCUGCGGAGAAAGGUGAAACCAUGACAAUAAUUGCCUGUUGCAAUGCGAUUGGUAAUUUUCUUCCACCGGCAGUCAUAAUAAAAGGUGUGAAUAAAAAGACAGAAUUUGAAGAUGGACUUCCACCGGGCUCAAAAGUUUAUAUGAAUAAAAAGUCCGCAUAUAGGUAUUAA